CUCCUCCUCUUCCCUUCGACGUCUUCCACCGCCGCCAAGGCGAAGGGGGAAGAGUGGAUUGCAAGGCCCGGGCCUGACCGGAGUCUCCUCCUCUUCGAGGGGAGGGGGGUUGGCUGGGCUAAAAUGGCUGCUCCCGGCUUGGGGAAAAGUCCGGAGCAGCCGCAGCAACCGCCGCCGCUGUUGCCUCUGCUUCCCCCGCUUUCCAUGGAUUUGCUGCGAGCACACAUCAAAAUUGAAAAUGAAGAUGAUAUCCAGUUUGUGUCGGUGAAUCACAAAGAAGUAGAUGAGGAUGUACCCUUUGUGCCUGUUAGAAAAUCUAUGAAAGACAGAAAACCCCGUUAUGAUGGAUCUCUGGUUCGACUGACCAGGAGGUUCAUGGAUCUUGUCAAAACUGCUCCAGAAGGCGUUCUUGAUUUAAAUGAGGUGUCACGGCUGCUGGGGGUGCGGAAACGAAGAGUGUAUGAUAUCACAAACGUGCUGGAUGGAAUACGUCUUAUCCAGAAAAGAUCCAAGAACCAUAUCCAGUGGGUUGGAUCAGAUAUCAGAGAGAUUACUAAAAGGACACCUGAGCAUCAAAAGUUAAAAGAUGAACUCUUUGACUUAACAGCAAUGGAGGAAGCACUAGAUGAUUUAAUCAAGGACUGUGCUCAUCAAUUGUUUGAUUUAACAGAUGACAAAGAAAAUGCAAGACUAGCUUAUGUGACCUAUCAAGAUAUCCGUAGCAUUCAGACAUUUCAAGAACAGAUCGUUAUUGCAAUCAAGGCUCCGGAAGAAACAAAAAUGGAGGUACCAACUCCAAAAGAAGAUUGUAUAGAAGUACGUCUAAGAAGCACAAAAGGACCCAUUGAUGUCUAUUUAUGUGAGGUACCGCUAGGUAACCCAGAUGGUGAUGCUUCGAAAAACACAGGCAGCCUUUCAUUCGAAACUAAAUAGGCAGCUGCUGUGGAUGAAGAGCAAGCAGAGUAAGAAGAAAUCAAAUGCUUGUAGUGAUCUGAGUCUCAGCUUCAUGGACUUCACGGGAUUUACAUGGCUUCUGCAGGGCAAUGCAGAGGCAACAAAGAGCUUUUCGUAACUGCAGUCGGGAGACAAGGAUUUGUCCAUGGGAUUGCAGGGCUAAUGCCAUGCCACAAAACUUUACAGUAGCACAAAGGCUGGCACUAACCUGCAUCCACUCUCCCUCCUCUGGUAUCCUUGCCCUCUAAUUUCCUGCUGUUUGACAAAAGUAAUUUGAAUGCUACUGAGUAAGCCAGACUUCAAAAAGAAUGCUUGAGUUCUUUCUGUACAGUUAUUUUAUCAAAGCAUGUGUGCAGGCAGGCACACGUGAACAAAUCAGUAGCCCCUUGUGCAGCUUAAUGAAAGGAGCAGUAAUUAAAAUGAAUUUGUCAAUAAAAAUAUAACCUUUGGGAAUUGAAUCUGUAGCAAAAUAUGGAUAAGGGAGAAUUUUUGAAGAACUGCACUUUUUUUACUCUGAAGGCAAAUGGAAUGAUCAAGGCUGUACUACAGUGCGAAAGAACCUGGCAGGGGAAACAUUUCACACAGGAAGAAUAAAGGAUAUAACUUUAUCAAAGCUAUGUGCACUCUGUUCUGUGGAAUCUGUUCCUGUGAUGUGCAUUGAGAUCAGUAUUGAACUGUGGAUGUAAAUCCUGAAGAAAUAUGGCCCAUGUGUAUAUAUGUGUAUCAUGUUUAAAUAGUUGCUAAUGGGAAUUUUGGCAGGGUGAGUGGCACUUCUGCUUCUGU